UGCCCCUGAAUCGAAGAGGAGAAAGCGGACGCGCAGUCCACGUGAUCAAAUUAGCAAACAAAAUCCAUCAAGAUGAAUGACAGCAGCAGCUUCUUCAACGAGCAUUUUGCUGUGAUCUACACGAGUCUGGUCAAUCAAUAUGUGCCCGAAUAUAUCAAGAAUCUGGAAUAUACACCCUGGGUCUUCUCACUGCUCGGCUCAGUAGUGAUUGGACUCAGCGGUAUAUUUCCCUUGCUUAUAAUACCCACAGACGAAAAAAUGACUAAGGACGGCUAUAAAGAUCCUGCUGAGUCAAAGUUUUUGCGUGUGUUGCUUAGCUUUGCAGUGGGCGGACUUUUGGGUGAUGUAUUUCUGCACUUGCUGCCAGAGGCCUGGGAGGGCGAUAAUCAGAAUAACGAUAGUCAUCCAUCACUGCGCUCCGGCUUGUGGGUGCUCUCCGGCAUACUCAUCUUUACCAUUGUCGAGAAGAUCUUCUCAGGCUACACGAACGCCGAUGAGCAGAAUCCGCAACCGAAAUGCGUGGAGAUUGCCAACUGUCUGCUCCGGCGUCAUGGUGGCAAGCUGCCAGAGGGCGAGACCAUGGAUAGCUGCGGUGCCUGCGACAUUGAGGAUGUGGACAAAAUGUGUCAUUUUCGUGAGCGCGAACUGAAGACCAAGGAGCCAAAGGAGCAGCCCAGGAAAGUAGCCGGCUAUCUGAAUCUAUUGGCCAAUUCCAUUGACAAUUUCACACACGGCCUAGCGGUCGCUGGCUCCUUCCUGGUCUCCUUCAGGCACGGAGUGCUGGCUACCUUUGCCAUACUGCUGCAUGAAAUUCCACACGAGGUCGGCGACUUUGCCAUAUUGUUGCGUUCCGGCUUCAGUCGAUGGGAUGCGGCACGCGCACAGCUGCUGACAGCUGGUGCUGGUCUCUUGGGCGCCCUGGUGGCCAUUGGCGGUUCGGGCGUCACCUCGGCCAUGGAGGCGCGCACAUCCUGGAUCAUGCCGUUUACCGCUGGCGGUUUUCUGCACAUUUCAUUGGUUACAGUAUUACCAGAUCUCUUGAAGGAGGAUGAGCGCAAGGAGUCUGUCAAACAGCUGCUGGCGCUGGUCUUUGGCAUUGCUUUGAUGGCCCUCAUGACCAUGCUCUUCGAGCACUGAGCCCCGUUCUCCAAACAGCAGCAGCAACAACAACAACAACAGCAGCAGCAGCAUAAGCAGCAUUUGACUGUUGCUUCCAAAAUUGUUUUGUUAUUUUCCUUUAGGCCGCAACAAAUCCAAAAUUGUCAUUGGCAGUACAAAUUACAUGGAAUAUUUGUUGUAGAUUUCGUGAUUUACGACAUUGUGAGUCGCCCUGCUUGUGUUAUGUAAUUAUAGCCAACUAAUACGAAUGAUAUUUGAACUAUUGUUAUUAAUUACGUAUAUAUAUAAAUAUAUUUUUCUACCACA